UGGUGUGGAGCUGGCGCCUCAACACGGGACCGUGGACCAUGUUAGUGGUGUGUGGAGUGAGUCCGAGUGUGUGGUGAUCACUAGUCAGGUGUAGAGCCAUGUGGCGGCUCUUGUGUGCGCCACCGAACCUUGGGUCCGAGUAGGCGGGCCAUCCCAGCACGCUGGACAUGUGCCCUGGGUGGUGGGCGGGUCGCGGCUGCCUCUUCGGAGUGUUCUUGCUGCUGCUGCUGCUGGUGGCGGGCGGCGCGUCAGCCCCCGCCGCCCCUAGCACCACGCCCGGGGCCUCAGGGGCGCCACCGCAGCGUCGCCAGCAUUCCGCCGGUGGGGCCUCGUGGGUCCCCCGGGCGCGCCGCCCCCCGCCGCCACCGCCAGACGUGGUGCCUGGGAGCCAGGUGGUGGCGCCCCUGGUGCCCGGCAGCACCGCCUCAGACCCCAGUCAGAUGGUGCGCAAUACGCGCAGCACUCUCGCCAACAUCACCAGGAAUUUUCGUCAUCACCAUAUGUACCGGCAGCAGCUGUAUAGUGAGAACGCUGGCCGGGUCAUGAAGCUGCUCACUGACGGCACUGUACACUUCACUGACAACUUCACCGACCCUCACACGCUGCUGUACGUGCGACCCAUCCUUCGCGACGUGAUGGAGGUCCGGAGCGAGGCCACGGGACUCUUCCUCUGCAUGAACAAGCGCGGCAAAGUCUACGCCAGUUGUAAGAGGAGCUCAGAGUGUGAGUUCGUGUCACGGCUGGAGAAGACCUAUUAUGAUACGCUGCAAAGUCGCCGCUUCAGGGGACGCUACCUGGCCAUUUCUACCAGUGGUCGCAUCAAGCGUGCGCGGCCUGUAGAGGGUCACCUGGGCAAAGAAAACUUCUUCCUUUUCCGCUGGACACAACUGCAGGAGGCGCAGCGCAUCAUCAAUAGAUACCAGGAGCGAUUGGUAGGUCAGCCACCGCAGCGCUGUGCUGGCUACAAUGAGUACAACAUGACAACAGCAGGUAGCGGUGGUACUGGUGUGGCCACUCAGGCUUCUACGGUAGUGCAUGCAGCAUACCCUUCCACUACUACUACUACCACUACCACCACCACCACAACUACAACUACUACUCCCCAACCUGCCAAAAGACCAUGUCGCAUUAUCAAAGGUAGAAAAAGAUGUGAAUUGUGUAGAAUUGUUAAAGGGAGAAAGAAGUGCAGAAAAAGGCCAAAGAGGUGUAAGAAUAAAAAAUGUAGAGAAAGAAGAAAACAAAGUAAAGACAGACGUAGACGAAAGCAAAGGAGAGAACAAAAUAACCGGGAAGUAAACACAACUGUCAUAGUAGACAGACAGGUUCCAAACAGACGCAAAGUGGAGGUGGCAGGGGCAGGAAAGGUGCGACCUCGUCAACGUCACAGACCUUCCCCCAGACCACCGCAACGCACCCGGUACACUGCUGUCACAGUGGCUCCUCAUGCCAGGCGUCCCCGCAAUCAUCGCCGUCUCCCUACACCACCACUCCUCACAGUCACACCCACACAGGCCACCAUGGUACCCAACAGAUCACAGUGGCCUGUGUUUGUGACACCACGCCCAGAGUGGCCCUUUCUCCCUGCGCCCUCGUCCGCACGCCCGUACCGUGUCCGCCAUGCCCACGAUGCGAGGCGGCGACGGCCACGGGGGCACCUCAACCCUCCCACCUCAAUUGAUGCUUAGUGUAUAUACUUCAGCCAUACCAUUUGUCAUGUAUAUAAUCGUAAAUAAUAUCUGUAAAUAUAUAGAAUUUCAACGUAUGAACAAGGUCCAAAGGAAGGGGACUUAAUUUAUUUGAUUCUUAUUUAUUGUUCAAUGUUAAAUUGUUUCCCCUGGAAUCAAAGGUCGACCAUAAUGUAUGCGCUUGUCAAUCUUAGUCAUGUGUGAGGAUGAUGGGAGUGGGAGAUGCUCGUCAAGUGCAGGGUGUCCCGCCAGCCGAGAGAAUGGUGCUACCUGAUCCUACCGUGUGCCAUACACAAGCCAUAUUGCAACUCCUGAUAGAAAAUUGGAAUAAAAUCAACAUAUCGGUGCCCUAGGUCAGUUAUUUGACUCAUGUGAACUAACAUGUUGGUUUGAAAAUGUGUGCCAUAUUAGAAACUAUCUUUGGGAUAGGAUUGGGAAUGUGUAGCAGACACAGACUGAUUACCAGGUGUUCCUGUUACAAGACUUAACUGAUAAUAAAGAGCUAUUAGAAAAAGGUAAUAUUUUAUAAAUGUCUUUAUUAAAGGACAGAAUUAUAUUUCCAUUUGUAAUGGAGGUUAUUUAGUCAACAAAUUUAAGAAGUAUUGGUUGUCAAUCGGUGCUGCAGGCUGUUCCUCGCUUCUUUACAAGUUGUGGAACACCUGCUAAAAUUCCGCUCACAUGAGCCCCACACAGGUUUCUCCCACACUGAGGUGACAAGUGGCAGCACUGAGGUAUGAUGGUGAGGCGCAUCAAUAGAUGUCCUGGGCUUUGUCCCUACGAACCUCACUGCACCUGCACAACUUGAGACCUGCCACACUUCUGCUAGUCAUGGUCUGUCCAGCACUGUCAGUUGAAAGUCACACCAUCACAGGAGGGACAACCUGCAGCUCUGAUAAGACCAAGCCUCCUUGUAUCUUCUGUUGCUCACAACACGCCCUGCAGGGUAACUGUCGUGCUACUCUUGUCUAGGGUUGUGUGGUUUGGAGGCUAUUUUGCUCACUUGGCAUUUGUACCACGCCUGAUGAGGGCGCUCACACCAGGCCUAUGGUGCCUUGGGCCUGCCUCACCCAGGGACCAAUAGUGUGGCUGAUAGUGAAGAGCGGACAUGAAUCGCUCAACAUGUUAAUUAUUUAAAGUUUCAUCAGAUGGUUGGUCACAUGAACCUGAAGCAGGGUGUGCCCCAUUGUGGAUUGUGUAAUGGGUCAGCACCAGGCACUAGCCAGACCAUCCUCACCACCUACACAGCCAACAGGUACUGGUGUCGUCGCUCACAGGCACAGCCAAGCCAAUGUAGAGGCUUGCUGGUGCCUGUAUCCAUCCAGGCUGACCCUCCUCCAGUCUAGUCACAAAUGUCUUCUGAGGGUCAGCCCGGACCAGCAUGAACGUCAGCUGCUUCCCCGCUCCACUAUCCCUGCUGUACUACUGUUCUUGUACUCAAUUUUCUGUUACAUUUAGAAUACUCAGCAAUAUAAAUCAAGCUGGGUUAAUACUCAAAGUAAUUUAAAUUACCAGUUACGUUCUGAAUAAUUAGAGUAAUAUCUUGGUCAGUAAUGUUCAGAUUCAGGCCAAUGUACACAGUUUGCUGUGGAUUCCCGUAAAUUUUGAUUGCAACAGAGGACUGAAUCUUUUAGUUUUAAGCUAAACAAAAUUGCAAUACAAUUCAUAGCUAAAUAUCAAUGCAGGCUUUUCUUGUCAUCCUUUCAGAUGGCUCUCUUCUUACCUGUCACCAUUAACACCUCACUAAGGCUAUACAGUGUUCUUAUAACUCAAUAAAUGAACUUUCAUUUCAAUUUACAAAUUCAAAAUUAAUGUUCUUGAUUAAAAAUAACUAAUUUCUGUCAUGAAGUUUCAAUCCUUUUAAAAUAUAAUUUUUGUCCACGUUUCUUCCCUUUUGUUCAAUAAAAGCUAGUCUAGACCUCUUCUACCAGGUCUCAUCUAUUUUUAACAUGCUCUAUGUGGUUCUCACACUUGUCUGUUUGGUCUCUGUUGUAAAAUUGAAACUGUAGUUACCAUCAUCCCAAAAAUGUUGCCAACCCCAGGCAUCAGUGUUAAGAAGUAUGUAUAGUGUUGCAGUGCCACCGCUAUCAGCAGCAGCAGCAGCAGCAGGGCAGUGGAGUGAGGUCUGCAUGCAACACAUGUCACCUAAUACUGUAUUAUUCAAAAUGAUCACUUCAUAACUCUAACACCACACACCACUUCCACUUAAUGGUUAGACUAAUUCCUCUCUAUGAAAGUUACUUGGAUAUUCACCUUGAACAUUUUCUUGUGAAAAUUUUGAAAAUUUAUUAUCUAUAUAAAUGUACAGUUGUCAUCUUGUAUAUUAAAUUAACUCAAACUUGUUAAUGUGCAAUUAAAAUACUGAGAUUAUAUAUAUAUUAUUAUUUUGAAAGUAAUAUUUAGUCUAAAAAUGCAUUUGUUGCUAUCAGGAGUAAUAACAAAGCCCAGAGCAAAUGAAUUUUGGGUAUUGAAGUGAAAAAAUGUCCACAUUUGCACCCAUAAGAAUGUUCCCCACACGCAAAAACACAUGAGCACGUGCGCACACGCGCGCACACGCACACAACACGCACACAACACACACACACACACACACACACACACACACACACACACACACACACAGUGAUACCUCUGUACUUGAACUUGAUUUAUUCCAGAAGGCUAUUAGUGUCGAGUGAUCUGUUCCAGACCCUCAAAAAUGUAUUUAUGUAGGCAUUUUUACUUGAAUUUAACUCAAAAUUUUGAAGCCUAGCAUGAGUAAAUCAUACAAAAACCUAAACACAAUGAAAUAAAUGCAAAUUUAUUCUCACUUUACCUGUAAUUAUGAGAGUUGAUGGCAUAUGUGGAAGGUGAUGAGGAAGAGGCGGAGCGAUGCUUGGCUGGGGAGUCAAAAUAUCCAGUGAUACUGUAUUUGCUUUUGCCUGUGUUUUAAAAUGUUUCUAAAGCAAAACCUUGCAUUGUCAUUCAACAGGUUUAUAACACAGUUUGCCACAGCUAGGGAUAUCCUCCCUUCCCUCCUCCUCCUCCUUUGAAGACAAUUCCUCGGUGGCCGUUUGUUAUGACAUUUGUACGGUUGAGUGCUGAGCAAACGGUUGACUACAAGCAUAUUUUUCUCAACUGUUCGAGUGCCGAAUUGUUAAAGUUCAGAGCCAUUCGAGUGCUGAGGUAUCUCUCCUUAUCUCUUUAUCUAUCUUUAUAUUUCUAUAGCUUUCUCAAUAAAUAUUACUAUGUAUACAGUGAUAUAUAUACACAUACAUAUAUAUACAUAAUAUCCAUACAGUUUCUCUACAUACCGUCAGUAGUUUCAAAGUGUCAUACGACGGAGUACUGGGAAGUUGGGACAUCACGAGCAGUUCUCAUUCUGUAACUUCACUUAGGUAAUUACACAUGCACACACAUGCACACUUGCUAUACAUAUGUGUAUGUACUCAAAAAAUAAUAUUUGAUACAGUAUGAAAGUUGUGGAGGCAUUAACACCCGAUCAGUUGGCGUUCCCAUUUUGAAUUUACUUGCUAAUGUGCAUGUAGAUAUGUCUGAUAAUGGUAAAUAAAAGGUAUUUUUAUCAUAA